AUGGCCUCACCCGCGCUUCCUAUGCCAGAGCUUCUGGACCUCACCGUCGACAACAUCACACCCAACACCAUCCUCGUCAACUCCCAGUGCGCCAACGCGCGCCUGCGAUACCUCAUGCAGCGGCUCGUCACGCACCUGCACGACUUCGCGCGCGAGACGCGCCUCAGCACCUCCGAGUGGACCGCCGCCGUCGCCUUCCUCACCGCCACCGGCCAAGCCUGCACCGAGCUGCGCCAGGAGUUCGUGCUGCUGUCCGACGUGCUCGGGCUGUCGCUGCUCGUCGACGCCGUGAACCACCCGAAGCCCGCGCCGUGCACCGAGGGUUCCGUGCUGGGCCCGUUCCACACGCACGACGCGCCGGUCGUCGCCGCGGGCGGGAGCAUCUCGGCGGACCCGGCGGGGGAGCCGCUGCUGGUGCUGUGCACGGUGAGGGAUCGUGAGGGCAGGUCGCUGGCGGACGUCAAGGUGGAUGUCUGGGAGACAGACGCGUCGGGCAGGUACGACGUCCAGCACGAGGACCGUGGGGCGCCGAGCGAGCGCGCGGUGCUGCGGAGUGGCGAGGACGGCAGGUUUUGGUUCACGGGCAUCACGCCGGUGAGCUACCCGAUCCCGACGGACGGACCGGUGGGAAAGCUACUGCAGAAGCUGGGAAGGCACCCGUGGCGGCCGGCGCACAUGCACUUUAUGCUGGAAAAGCCGGGCUGGGAUCACCUCAUCACCGCUGUAUAUGUUCGUGGCGAUCCGUAUGAAACGUCGGAUGCAGUAUUCGGUGUUAAGAAGAGCCUCAUUGUGGACUUGGAGCCUAUUGACGAGGCCACGGCGGCGCAGUACGGUGUCAAGUGUGAAGGCAAAGUGCUGAGGCAGGACUUUGUGCUCGCAAGCGAAAAGGAGACAGCUGAGCUGCGUGACAAGAAUGCCAUCGAAGCCUUGAAGCGCCUUGGGUUGAACAUGAAGCUCGUCGAUCAUCUUCCUGUACCUGACCUAGAUUGA